AUGGGCUUACUUCCCAACGUCUCGUCGUCUACAACCUACACUAUCCCCAUCACGUCUACCACAUUUAGCGAAUUCGCCAGCUACAAGUCCAAACAUUCACCGGCUCCAUCUCAAACCAUGUCUUCUGACGCCGACAUGGACUCAGACCCCUCCACUCCUCCAAAAUCAAAUAAUCCACCCUGUAUGUUCACAGUCGAACAAUUUCAGCUAGCAGCCUCAUCCCAAGAAACCGACAGCGAACCCUCCGACGUCUACAUCGUGCGUCCCACCGCGAUCUGGGACAGUCUCCAGCGCUUCAAAGAGGUUAUCAUCGACGACGAACGCUACCGCAUGCACGACGUCGUCGCCGCCGCCCGCCACGACCUCCCCAACUCCCCCCUCUGGACCGCCCACGUCCUCGAGAUCCGCGGCCACACACCGUCCGGCCAGGUCUCGAUCCGGGUCUUCUGGUUCCACCGACCCGCGCAGCUUCCCCCCUCGCUCCGCCACCCCUACCAAGGCCGCCACGAGCUCCUGGCCUCCAACGCCAUGGCCGUCAUCGACGCAACGGCCGUGGCCGGCCGGACGGCCGUGUCGCACUGGCGCGAAGCGGACGAGGCCGUGCCGGCCGCGGGUCUUUUCUGGAGGCAGACGUACGACGUCCAGGCGCAGGCGCUGAGCCCACUCCACACCCCCUGCCCACCCCCCUGCAUCCUGCACCACAACCCCGACGAAACACUAAUCAGCUGCCCCUCGCCCGGCUGCGACGCGCGCAUGCACGAGUCGUGCAUCCUCGACGCCACUCGCUCCCGGCUGCAGGCGGACGCGGAAGCCGAAGCCGGCGGGAAAGGGAAGAAGAAGAAGAAGAAGAAGAAGAAGAAGAAAGCGAAAAAGGGAAAGGGGGGUCCGUCUUUGGAAGUGGAAGUGGAAUGGAUGGACGAACCCUCCGAGGGCUACGGUGCUCCGGUUACGGAAGGACCGGUGGAGCCAGGUGGACGGGACGGGCAUUUUUGGCUGGAGGAGGUGUAUUGUUUGGGUUGCGGGGGCGUGAUGGAGGUGAGGGUGUCUUGA